UUUAAGCGCCUUUUCUCAGAAGAGAAAACUGCAAAACUCUUGAGGUGGCAUGCCGAAGGGAGGAAGAAAGAUGGGUUAAUGAGGCAUCCUGCUGAUUCUCCACAAUGGAGGAACAUUGAUCGAAAGUACAAGGUCUUUAGGGAAGAAGUUCGGAAUCUCAGGCUUGGUCUUUGCACGGAUGGAAUGAACCCAUUUGGAACACUUAGUACCCAAUAUAGCACUUGGCCGGUUCUUCUCACCAUAUACAAUUUGCCUCCUUGGUUAUGCAUGAAGCGUAGAUACGUCAUGUUGUCGCUCUUAAUCUCUGGGCCUAAACAACCCGGAAAUGACAUAGAUGUGUAUCUAGAGCCACUCAUUGAAGAUUUGAAAUUGUUGUGGGAUGAAGGGGUGUUGAUGUUUGAUGCAUACACCAAAACCAAUUUCACUUUACGUGCCAUGAUUUUUUGUACGAUAAAUGAUUUCCCGGCUUAUGGAAAUUUGUCAGGGUAUUCUGUAAAGGGAAAGAAGGCAUGUCCAGUUUGUCAUGAUGAUUUGGUCUCGAGGCGCCUAAAAUUUUGUGGGAAAGAUGUGUACAUGGAUUACCGGAUGUAUCUUCCUGAAGAUCACCCAUUUCGAAAAGAGAAGGAAGCUUUUAAUGGAGAAUUGGAGAUGAGAGAAGCUCCUGCCCCCUUAUGUGCGUGUGAGGUUUAUGAACGGGUUAAAGACAUUGAGACAGAGUUUGGUAAGCCUUAUAAAGGUCAGCAAAGUGGUGGUUACAAGAAGAGGUCUAUCUUUUGGGAUCUCCCAUAUUGGAGAGAUUUGGAAGUUAGGCAUUGUUUGGAUGUAAUGCAUAUUGAGAAAAAUGUUUGUGAUGCCAUUGUUGGGACAUUGUUGAAUAUGCAAGGGAAAACGAAGGAUGGGCCUAAAGUUAGACAAGAUAUGGCUGCUAUGGGUCGCUCCGAGUUGGCACCUCAAGAAAGGGGAAAACGCUGGUACCUUCCCCAGCUUGUUUCACCUUGUCUAAAAAGGAGAAAGUUAGCUUUUGUGAGUCUUUGCAUGGCUUAAAGGUCCCUGCCGGUUACUCUUCAAAUUUUCGUAGACUUGUGUCCAUGUCUGACUUGAAAUUAGUUGGAAUUAAAUCUCAUGAUUGUCACGUGUUGAUGCAACAAUUGCUGCCGGUUGCAAUUCGAGGGAUAUUGCCGCCACAAGUGAGGUAUACCAUUACAAGAUUGUGUUUCUUUUUCAACACAAUUUGUAGCAAGGUGAUCAAUCCAACAAUACUGGAUGAUUUGCAGGCUGAUGUACUUGAGACCAUGUGUCGGUUUGAAAAGUAUUUUCCGCCAUCAUUCUUUGACAUGAUGCCUCAUUUGAUUAUUCAUCUUGUUCGUGAAAUUAAGCUUUGUGGGCCAGUUUGUAUGAGGUACAUGUAUCAAAAGCGUCCAACACUAAAUCAAAAACCUAUUUCCUUGAAAAUUAUAAAGUGCAAAAUUUGAGUGGUAAGUGUAAUGUGAUGAAAACUAUGAUGUUGGGAUUAAAAGAAGGGGAGCACGUUAAGGUACAUUGCACUAAAAGGACAUUCAAUAUGGAAAAGGACUUUGAAAUUAGUGUCACCGUUGAAGACACCGAUCAACUUCUCUCGGGAGCAUGGCUCAAUAUAUCAAUAAUACAAGUUUUUGUUACGGCUUUGAGUGAGUUGUGUUUUCACGAUGAUUGUCACCCCAAUAGUAUUGGAUUCAUGUGCCCGGAGAUGAUCUCGACCACCAUGUUAAAGUCCGAUGCAGAUCGAAUUCUAUUGUACAUGACGAGGUCCAUGAGUGCACUUAGUUCUAAGACAUUCAUCUUAUGUCCAUACUACGAAAAGAGUCACUGGAUGCUUUUAGUUCUUUGCUUGUCUAAACGUGAGGUCUACAUAUUUGAUUCUCAACAGAAGAAGAGAAAUUUGAUGAUUAAGGAGCCACUAAACAAUGCUUUUCGGAGUUACAAGAGACUAGGUGGACAAUCUAAGGGAACUAAAUUAACAUGGAUUCCAGCACAGUGUGCUCAACAACCGGGAUCACUAGAUUGUGGCUACUACGUCAUGCGUUUUAUGUACGACAUAAUAAUGAAUCAUGGUAAUAGUCAAGAUCUUACUAAGGAUUUUUCAAGAACAUUGCCCUAUUCACCGGAGGAGAUUAAUGAGGUGAACGAUUUUUGGGCAGAUUACUUCAUGAACAAUGUCGAAUUUUUAGCUUAAUUUGUAAUAUGAACUUGAUCUCUAGCUAGCUACGUACCUUUGUUGUAAUAAUUUUAUGUUUGUUGUAACAUGUUGGUUGAUCGAUCUAUGACGAAUUUAAUUGCCUUUUAUUGGGAACGUUAAUUACGUUGUAAACUUUAGUGACAGGUAUUAAUUAUAAAUGUAUUCCCGGUAUUGGGAAUGAAGCGUCUAAUUUCAAAGACGAUCAUG